ACUACCAUACAUUGCGAACACAAACCGACACACAACGCGAACAAUCACGCAGUGCGCGUUAUCUAUAAAAACCUAAACCGCGACGCGUGUUGAUAAUAGCGGCCAGUUUCGUGGACGACGUAGACACAACCGGUGCGGGUGUUUGUGUGGAUCCAUCAGUAAACUCAUUAGAAACCUCUCUAUUUAGACAAGUUUUAAAAAGGUUAAAACGUUUGAUGUUUUGUGUAACCUAGAGAAAUAGUGAUUUAGUGGUCUGUUGCAAGAUGAUGAUGAUGGAUGUUGGAAUGUACAACCACGGAACCAACUUGAACCUGCAACCAAGCGCUCCAGCUUACACCCCACAUCACCAUCAUCAACCGGAAGCAUACUACAAUUAUCCGGCGGAUCCAUGUGCUCAAACCCAUCAAAUCGCAGCUACACCAUCAACGUAUUCUUCAUACCAUCACUAUGAAGAUGCUUCAUAUCACUACAACCAUGUGGAUGUCACCCAGGAAGCUCCACCUAGUCCCCAAGGUGAUAUAAACUACUAUCACCAUCAUCAUAAUUCCUCAACUGGUACAGGUCAACAGUCAGGAGUUAAUAUAACCCAUCCAUUGGAAACACCUCCAAACCCUCCUAAUAUCAUCUCAACAGAUACAGGACUCUCCUAUACUAAUCUAGACUAUGGUAACUCUAACUCUUCCAAUAGUAGUUCCCUCUAUCAGAACAUCAGUGGAUAUUCUGGAGAAUACCGUGAUGGUAGACAAGUAUCUUCAAUUCUAUCAAGAGAUACUGAUCUAAGACCUGAUUCGUUGAUCCUAAGAGGUCAUCAUCAUAAUGUGCAUCAUGAAGGGCAUUAUGAUGGAAAGUAUCAGAAUCUGGAAGCUGUGAAUGUUCCUGGGGAUGUUUACUUGAAUCAAUGUUUGGAUGGACCUGGAGUGGAUUACCAUCAACAGCAUAGCAUAGGGAGAUUGGGUUAUAAAGAUGAGGAAAGGCACCAUCAUAUGAGACAACAUGUUUUGAUGCAACAUCAACAUCCUGGACAACUAGGACAUCCUCAGAAUCAAGCUGGGCAACAACAGCAACAACAUCAGUCGCAUUCUUCGGCUUUACCAACUUACAAAUGGAUGCAGGUCAAGAGGAAUGUACCAAAACCAGGACCUAAAACAACAUCAUCUAACAUGGAUUACAACCCAGUUCCAAACAUGUCGAGCGCAUCCACCAAUUUAGAACUUCACCCGGCGUCUCGCCCUGCAUGUUUGAGUAACUCUUCAUUGGGCGCAAGCAUGCUCAGUCUAAAUUGCCUCAACACUGGCCGCACCAACUUCACUAACAAACAACUCACUGAGUUAGAAAAAGAGUUUCAUUUCAAUAAGUAUUUAACGCGUGCGCGACGCAUUGAGAUUGCUUCAGCGCUCCAGCUCAACGAAACGCAAGUGAAAAUCUGGUUCCAGAAUCGUCGCAUGAAGCAAAAGAAACGCAUGAAGGAAGGAUUAAUUCCAGCUGGUGACACGCACGCAAACUCACCGCAAGGUGACCAAACGCAAGGAAGUAGCGAGAAUAGUCGCGAAUCGAAUUAAACAAAAAUUUAAAAAAAAACAUGCUAAUCACGCAAAGAUUUUAAAUAAAACUCGCCAAAGAUACUACUAAUAAAUUAUUUAGUGACGGAUACUUUAUAGAAACUUAUGUGAAACUUAAAAAUUCCUAAAACGUGUGCUAUUCUUGGUUGAAAACUCAUAAAACAAAAGUAAAUUAAUAACAAAAGUUUACAGUUUACAGCGAUAAUCAUAACUUAUUGAUACAUUAGUUGAAAAGUUUAGUGAUACAUGCUAUUGUAUUAUUUAAUAUCUAUUUAAUUAUUUAAUUUAUAUCAGUUUUAGGUGUUUAGUAGCAUCAUAAUAUAUUAUAUUAUUGUAUAUUUGUAAAUAUCUAGUUGUAACUUAAGUCUACGGUAAUCUUGUUAACGACUUGGAGGAUUUCUUCGUUUAUCGUUUUAGUUAUAUAGUCGAUUUGCGUGAUGAAAUCGAGAGUCUUCGUAAACAACGCUAAACGCAUAUAAAUCAUGUAGAGUUGCUCAGGGAAAUACAUAUUAUAUCGAUGUAUUAUAAAUAAAUAUUAAUAAUAA